CCCAACUUAAAACAGGUUUCCAGGUGCAAUUUUUGCGGCCUGCGCUGCACUGCUGGCCAUCCAAUAGCGCAGUUCGCGGACUUACGCGCUCUCUGAUCGUAUUCCUUUCGACCCACGACCGCGAAUUGCUCGCGCAAGCCGCGAAAAAUAGGUUCCAACCUUGGAACAGAGGCAAAAGCUAAAUUGCCCGCGGCGCGGCUCUCGUGCGCGUGACAGAAGGGACACAAGAGCUGGGCGAAAACUCGUCCUGAAACUCCGCGGCGGGGCCCGCGCCAGAAAACCACGAUGAUGGCCGAACCGCGGACGACGCACAACCCGAUGCCGCCCACGGAAACGCCGACGUCCGUCACGGAGACGACGCGGCUCGUUGAUAAUGAAGAUGUUGAGGAUCCGGGCUGUUGCGUCGCGCGGAUCUGCAAGCGCACGAUGCCGUGCCUGCGGCCGCGCAACGAUUGCCCGACGUGCAAGGAGAUCGGCUACGACAUUAAGAACGACCCGUUGGGAGUGCUCUGUUGCGUCGGCUGGUUCGCGGUCUGCGCGGCGUCGCUCGCCUACCUCAUCUACUGGAUCGUCAUGCGGGCGACGUAGACGCUCGAGAGUAACACUUAAG